UAGUAUACUUGAAUACUCAGAGCAACACUGACUGACAUAUAUACUGAACCAGCUGAGGGUGGUGUCAUAUUUGAAUAGUUUUAGCUUUAUGUAAGACAUGAGAAGCGAAAGGGUUAAUUAGUAUACAGUGGAGGAGGAGCUAGCCGCGUGUUGUGCGCUGCUUCACGAGCGGAUCCUCAAUGACAGACGACGCAGAGACCAAAGACGAUUAUAACCAUGAACUCCGGUAACAGCGGCACUUCAGCGAACAUUAUGGAAUAUCAGAAUGGUCACAAGCAUGUCGACGCAAACAGUGUUGAAGACGAGCCCCUGCUCAGAGAAAACCCAAAGCGAUUUGUCAUUUUCCCAAUCCAGUAUCCUGACAUCUGGAAAAUGUACAAACAAGCUCAGGCCUCAUUCUGGACAGUUGAGGAGGUGGACUUAUCAAAGGACUUGGUUCACUGGGACAACCUGAAGUCUGAAGAGAAACACUUCAUAUCCCAUGUACUCGCUUUCUUUGCAGCAAGUGAUGGGAUAGUCAACGAGAACCUGGUGCAGCGGUUCAGUCAAGAGGUGCAGAUCCCAGAAGCUCGCUCCUUCUACGGCUUUCAGAUCCUCAUAGAGAAUGUGCACUCCGAAAUGUACAGCAUGCUUAUCAACACCUACAUAAGGGAUCUAAAAGAGAGGGACUAUUUGUUUAAUGCAAUUCACACCAUGCCUUGUGUAAGGCGAAAAGCAGACUGGGCCUUACAGUGGAUCUCUGACAGAAACUCAGCUUUUGGAGAGCGAUUAGUAGCAUUUGCAGCAGUGGAAGGCAUCUUCUUCUCUGGAUCAUUUGCUGCCAUCUACUGGUUGAAGAAAAGAGGCCUGAUGCCCGGACUCACCUACUCCAAUGAACUCAUCAGCAGAGAUGAGGGUCUGCACUGUAAUUUCGCAUGUCUAAUGUACAGCUACUUGGUGAAGAAACCUUCUGCUGACAGAGUGAAAGACAUCAUCACAAAAUCCGUGAGCAUUGAACAGGAGUUUCUCACAGAAGCCUUACCCGUCAAUUUGAUCGGGAUGAACUGCUCUCUCAUGAAGCAAUACAUUGAGUUUGUGGCUGACCGGCUGCUAACAGACCUAGGAUUGCCCAAAGUUUACAAGUCAGAAAACCCUUUCGACUUCAUGGAGUCGAUUUCAUUGGAGGGAAAAACGAAUUUCUUCGAGAAGCGAGUGGCUGAAUACCAGCGACUUGGAGUGAUGUCAAAUGUGAUGGACUGUGAAUUCACUCUUGAUGCAGAUUUCUAACGAUGAACUAGAAGAAAUACUAUUUAUUUUUGGGACAGUUUCAUUAUGUUUUGCAGAAAAAAACAUUAGUCAGUUGACUUUUUUUUUUGUGUGCUUUUAGGUCCAAGAAAAAGUAAACAAACUGUAGACUUUAUAGGUUUUGUUUUAUUUUGGGUUUUUUGUUUUCCUAAAUUUCAAAGAUGUUUUAGAUAUUUUUACAUUUUACUUGAUUACUGUACCUAAGUAUUAUUUUGGGGGAUUUGUUCUUCACGCAAGUGCAAUUUAAACUGACUACUUGUACUUUUACUUGAUUAGAAGAAAAUACAGUACUAUAUACACUCCUUAGAAUUUUAUUUCAACUUUAUUACAGAAGUUCUCGUUACAUUUUUGCAUUUUAUUUUCUUUUGCACAGUAAUCAGGUAAGUUUCAGCUUCACUUAUAACUUUCAUCAGGGAAAUGUCUGGCUUCAGUUUAUUUUAAGCCAGUUUAAUUAAUUAUUUUUAAUGAUAUGCAAAUAAAAUCAAUAAUGAGAUUUUAAAUACAGUUAAUAUUUUGGUGGCUAUGAUUGCUUUGAAUUCAUUAAAUGUCACAAAUCUCCAAAAAUAUUGGAUGACGGAAAAUGGAAAGUGGAUGAGUGGUAUUAUAAUUAUAUACUGAGUAGCAAUAGGGCUGUCAAUUAAUUAUGUUUUAAUCUACAUAAUUACAGGAUUUGCCUAUUAAUUAAAGUAAUGAAUCUAAAUCCGUCACAUACUAAUAUUAAGAAAACCUUUAAUGCCCCAAAUAAAUAAGAAAAGUUUAAUUAUUGUAAACAAUGCAUUGAAUAGAAAGCACAAAAUGUUACUUUAAAAGUCAUUAUUGUGUUUUAUUUCCAUGUCACUCAACAUUAACUCAACACAUGUAGUUGUAUACUGUCUGGAAUAUGCAUCACAUCUUGCUCUGAAGAUGAAAAAUUAAAUAAUUUAAUAAAUAAAUAUUUUUAGUCCAUUUAAUGCAAAUAUCCAGGACCUCUUCAAAAACCACACAAAGUGAACGAGAGUAAAAUUUAAAACAUCAGUGUUUUUCUUACACGCCUAUAAUUUUUACUUAAGAAGACAUUGAUUCAUCAACUUGGGUUUUAUGGUUUGCUGCUGUGUUCAUUUUAUUUAGUUUUAGAAGCAGCUUCAUUGGACGUCCUGUACACUUACAUUAUAUGCAGAAAGAUGGACUAUUUUCCAAAAGUGUUUUUGAAGAGAGUCUUACACGGCUUAUACAUGUGGGAUGGCAUGAGAGUGUGAAGGAUGACGUAUCUCUUUAAGGGCUGUAUUUUAUGUGUUCUACUGUGCUGAACAUUAACUGAUGUUGUGUCCAUUGUGUUUUUUUGUUUUUCCCCUUUACCAAACCUUUGUAUCUAUCUAACUAAAACUUUGUAAUUCAAUAUGAUAAAACAAGAAUAUCCUCUC